AUGGCCUUCAAUGCAAGUUACUCCAGAUUAGGAGAUCCCAGACGUAAGUAAUUACUUUUUAAGUCCUUUUUCGUCUUUAGAAAGUCGGUUUUGACGCAAUGCGCCUGGUUUGAUAUUAUAACGAUAGGUGUUUCACUUAGUUUUUUUACCUGAAAUACCAUGUAUAAUAUCAGCUGAUUCCGCAUCUAGGCUUAUAUAUUCUAAAGCAAAGUUGUUGUAAAAUACACGCUUAUGUUAUGGGUAUUAUGAAAAUUUGCUUAGAACAUUUGAUUAUGCGCCACACAAAGCGGCCGAAAAACUGGCCGAAGGGCUUUUCUUUUUCCGAAAUUUUAUAAUCCGGACGCCUCGUUGUGUUCCCAAGAGGUCAUUUUUGCCAAGACAAAUGCGAUGCCCCCUUUUUAUUUUUAAUUUCGGGCAAUUUUAUAUUGUUUUUGGAGCUUGAAAACAUAAAAUAUUAAAUUUCUUUGUUAAUUUGGCAAUUUGGCUACAGAAUUUUCUAUUUUCAGAUUCGCAAAGCCCCACCACAUCGUUCUCAGCCGGCCGAAAGUUUUUCCCGUCGCGGCCGCAGUCCGGAUAUUCGACUCCAGGUGCCAAAUCGACAGUCUCGAACUUGUCCAUCCCCAAGAACGUGGGGUGUUUCGCGGGCGUCAGAAUGACCGCCACAGCCAAGUUGAACCGGUUCUUUCGUCGGCUGAUCAACAUCAAACAGAUGGACUUUGAAUUCGCGGCAUGGCAAAUGCUCUAUUUGUUGACCAAUCCACAGCAGGUUUAUCGAAAUUUUAUCCACAGAAAACGUGAGUUUAAUUUUUUGUUUUUUUUCUGCUUUUAGUGGUCUAAAUCGCAAUUUGUUAUGGUGGCGCCGGGGUUGGACGAUUGGGGAAAAAGUAUGAUCGGGGAAACCGAAAAGUAUUAUUUUUCUUCGAUGCAAGUGAUCGAAAUUAGAAAAAUCGAGGGCGCUGAUUUCGAAAAUGACAUUCAUUUUUUGUGAUAGUUACUUUUUUUCUUAAGUAGUACUGUAAAGCAGUAAUUUUUUAAAAUUUUUUUCAUACAUAAUCGAUUUAGGGGUUUUCGAUGGUGCUGAUUUCGAAAAUCUUACUCAUUUUUCCUGAUUUGAAAGCAGCAUCGCCGAAAACCCCCCAAAAAGGAGUAUUCAUAAAAAAAUUCAAAAGGUUACUACUUUACAGUACUGUUUGAGGAAAAAAGUAACAAUCAAAAAAAAAUGAUUAUUUUCGAAAUCAGCACUCUCGAUUAUCCUAGUUUCGAUCACUUGCGCCGAAGAAAAAUAAUACUUUUCGGUGUCCCCAAUCGUACCUUUCCCCAAUCGUCCCAGUUCCUGGUGGAGCAUGGAUAAUAUGUUCUGUUUCUCCAGGUACAAAAGACCAAUGGGCCCGAGAUGAUCCCGCCUUCUUGGUUCUCCUCGCCUUCUCCUUGUCGUUGACCUCGAUUCUCUUCGCCUUCGUCUUGAACCUCAGCUUUGCCGGGUUCCUCAAGUUCUUCCUGUGGAUUGUAUUCGUGGAUUGCAUCGGAGUUGGACUGGUCAUCGCGACAUUUGCUUGGUAAGUAUUUUCCACUUAUUUUUAUCUUGUUUUAGGUUCGUAACAAACAAAUUCCUACGACGCGUACCGGAUCAGGACGUGGAAUGGGGCUACUGUUGGGAUGUGCAUCUAAACGCAUUCUUCCCGAUGUUCGUUUUCAUCCAUGUGAUAAUGCCGUUAUUAUUUUAUGGUAAGCUGACUUUUUUAUAGUGUACUUGAUUUUUAGGCCUAAUCGACUACACAAACUUCUUCUCGAGGCUCUUAGGAAACUCGAUGUGGUGUGUGGCGACGUUUUAUUACGUAUAUUUGACAUUCUUGGGCUAUACUGGUAAGAUUUUUGAAGAUUUGUCAGUUUGAUCCCUAGUGUAAUAUAAAAAGUUGUUAGUUAGGACGAACUAUUGAUAAAAUUUUUCAAUUUCAGCCCUCCCUAUCCUCAAAAAGACCCAUGUGUUCUUGUAUCCGCUGACUUUUAUCUUCAUCUUCUUUGUGGCCACCGUCGCCGCCGGCUGGAACAUCAGCCAAACCGCCAUGGAUUUCUAUCAUUUCCGAGCCACGAACACCAAUCGACGCUUGUAA